AUGGAGCGCAAUUUCUUCACAAAUCUGCCAUCUGAAAUCACCACCGACAUCCUCUCACGCCUCCCUCUCCGAAGCAUUGCAUUGAGCAAGUGUGUUUGCAAAUCAUGGCUCAAUCUGCUCGAUUUCGACGAUUUCAAAUUCAAAACCCCACCCGCCCUAGCUCUCUUGCAGCAGACAAACUCAACUCGGUGCUCGAUUUUCGAAUUUGAAGACGAAGACGGAGCCGAUCUAGAGAUCCAUGAUCUUCACUACAUUCCGCUCACACAUUUCGAAAUUAGAGACGAAAAUUCAGAAAUACUGGUAGGUAUGGCUGCAAAUGGAUUGCUUUUUAUACACUCACAGGGAGGGUUUCCUCAAAUUCCUCUUUUUAUAUGCAAUCCGAUCACUCGUCAAUAUAUCGAGCUCUGGUGCCCUGAGGAAUACAUUGUAGAUGAUGACGAUGAUGAUGAUGAUGAUGUACAUAUUAUGCUUAGUUAUGGAUUUGGAAUGAGCAAAAUUAGCGGGCAAUAUAAGGUGCUCUGUAAUUAUAUAGACGCGAGUUCCGACUCUUAUCGUCAUGUAUACACCCUUGGAACAGGAACAUGGAGGCUUGUUGAGGCUGGCGCUGUUUCUGGUCUCGGAACCUGUUCACCUGGAUACUUUGUUUUUAACGGCAUCCUCCAUUGGGUAGGAGGAGAAGAUGAUUUGGCUCAUACCUUAUGGGUUUGUGGUUUUGAUCUUGAAAACGAAUGUUUUGACAUCUUCUCUCCUCCUCCUCCUCCGUCUGUAGAUGGACGUGGCAGUCAAACCAGGGAGUUGUCUACUUUGAUGGACUGCCUUUGUUAUUCGUACACAUGGGAAGAUGAUAUUGUCAUCUGGUUGAUGAAGGAGUACCAGGUCGAGGAAUCUUGGACCAAUCUGUACAAGAUAAGUAGAAAUGGUUUUGAUUUGGAUUGGGAUUUUGCAUCUGAUUGGAAAUAUAUGGGUGUUAAACCAAUUAGACUUUUUAAAGAUGGUGACGUUUUGAUGCUGCUGGACCAAAAGAAACUCAUCUACUACUCCAACAAGACAAAAACUAUUCAACAAGUAGGUAUGUUAAAUGAUGCAACUGCGCAGAAUUACGUUAGUGCCAUGAUUUUCACUCCAAGCCUUUUCUCCUUCAAGAAUUUCGUAUUCGAGAAUGUGAUCUCGUUUUAG